AUGAGCGGACGUUUAUUGGACCUAUUCAAGCCAUUUGAAGCAUUCUUGCCAGAGGUCAUUGCGCCAGAAAGAAAAGUUCCUUACAAUCAGAAGUUGAUUUGGACGGGUGUUUCGCUCUUGAUCUUUUUGGUGUUAGGUCAAAUACCGCUAUAUGGUAUUGUUUCAAGCGAGACCUCUGAUCCACUGUAUUGGCUACGUGCAAUGCUUGCUUCAAAUCGUGGUACUCUGAUGGAACUGGGCGUUACCCCUAUCAUUACCUCCUCCAUGAUCUUCCAGUUCUUACAAGGUACUCAAUUGCUAGAUAUCAAUAUGGAAAACAAGCAAGAUCGGGAGCUUUUCCAAAUCGCACAGAAGGUCUGCGCCAUUUUACUUACUGUCGGUCAAGCUGUAGUGGUUGUCUUGAGUGGUAACUAUGGCAGACCCUCCGAUAUCGGUAUUGCUAUUUCUUUAUUGCUCAUCUUCCAAUUGGUUUUCGCAUCUUUUAUCGUGUUGCUUCUAGAUGAGCUUUUGGCCAAAGGUUAUGGUUUGGGAUCUGGUAUUUCAUUGUUCACUGCUACCAACAUUGCCGAACAGAUAUUCUGGAAGGCAUUUGCCCCAACUACCGUUAACACUGGUCGUGGUGACGAGUUUGAAGGUGCUUUCAUUGCAUUGUUCCACCUAUUAUCGGUUAGAAAGGACAAAAAGAGAGCCCUCGUUGAAGCUUUCUACAGAGAAAACUUGCCAAACAUGUUCCAAGUCUUGUCAACUGUGGGCGUAUUUCUUUUCGUUUUGUACUUGCAAGGUUUCCGUUAUGAGAUUCCAAUUAGAUCAACCAGAACUAGAGGCCAAGUUGGUGCUUACCCAAUUAAGUUGUUCUACACUUCAAACACUCCUAUCAUGUUGCAAAGUGCCUUAACCUCCAACAUUUUCCUAAUUUCACAAAUUUUGUAUCAAAAGUUCCCAACCAACCCCAUUGUUCGCCUCGUUGGUGUCUGGGGUGUAAGACCAGGCUCUCCCAUGGGUCAACAAAGCGCUUUAAGUGGUUUGUCCUACUACAUCCAACCACCAUUUUCUGUGACUGACGCCAUCUUAGAUCCAAUCAAGACUGCCAUUUACGUCACAUUUGUCUUGGGGGCUUGCGCGAUGUUUUCCAAAACAUGGACUGAAAUUUCUGGUACUUCCCCUCGCGAUAUUGCCAAGCAGUUCAAGGACCAAGGCCUAGUAAUCAAUGGUAAGAGAGAAACCUCAGUAUACAAAGAGUUAAAAAAGGUCAUCCCCACCGCUGCUGCUUUUGGUGGUGCUACAAUUGGUGCAUUGUCUGUUGGAUCAGACUUAUUGGGUACUUUGGGAUCUGGUACCUCUAUCUUAAUGGCAACUACUACAAUUUACGGUUAUUACGAAACGGCAGCCAAGGAAGGUGGGUUUACCAAAAACUUGGUGGCUGGUUUCUCCGAGUUGAUGUGA